AUCAGCUUGAACUACGCACCUUUCCUAAACCGUCGAGUUGUCGAGUCAGGACAAUUUUUCCCCCGCUUUUCAUUCCCCGCAUGACCUUGACCUUGCGGGAUAGCGGAAGAUGGAAUUCCAACGUCGUCCUGGAUCUAUUCAGUCGGUGUGUACCACGACUUAUGUAUAAUUGAAUCUGAAAUUCGAUCAUGACAGAAGCGCCAUGGGUACAGUUCUCCGCACACAGCUUCAAGCGGAAGCGCGCAGAGCUUGCCUGUGUGCUUUGUCACUCCAAAAAGAUAAGAUGUGAUCUCCAGUCGAAACGGAAUGAUGGUCAGGAGAGCUGUACGAAUUGCGCGUCUGCUGGGAAAGACUGCCGCACUCGGCCUUCGAGGAGAAACAAAACUCGUCGUAUCGAUGAAAAUCCACAGUCGCACCCACCUACGCCUCCGACAGAUAAUACUGAAAAUAGCCGUGGUUUGUUGUUAUUUGAGUCCAACGCUUUCCAGAAUGGGAUUCCGUUCAACUGUCAGGUAUCGGAUACACGAGAAAAUGAAUUGUCGCCUACAGAUCGGCAAGAAAGGGGAAGCUUUGAAGAAGAGCCUCACUCAGAAACGACAAUUCCCGUGCUCACGACGAGCCCUAGCCAACGGUACAACAAUCAUCAGCCGAUCAUGCAAAAUACUGCAGCCGAAAGUUGGAUAGCUUCGACCAGGCCGCCAGAAAUCAGAGCUUUCAGUCCGGAUAUAUUCCAAGAACCGCGCUCGGGAAAAACAACCAAUACUCCGGAGCAGCUGCAUUCUUUCCAGAAUAGUGUAGGUGUAUCGCACGCCGACCUGCGACAGAGUUAUAUUGAGACAUAUUUCGAAUACUGCUAUGCCUGGUGCCCAGUCUUAGACAGAACCACGAUCCUAGAUGAACUCAUCAAAUCGCCACUCCUAGACGAUGCACUUGCCAUUGGAGGGAGUCAUCUUCGUUCGCCGUUGGUUCCUCACCCAGGCCCUGCUGCUUAUUACGAUCGGGCACGGCGAAAGUUUUAUGAAGAUGAGGAGGAAGAUUUGGUCAAAUCUUUGAAAGGGGUUCUAUUGUUUUAUUGGUGGGCACCUCGGCCACCCUUGAUGGUACACAAACAUUCUUCGUGGUGGUGGACGGCUGUUGUUAUUAAACAUGCACAACAGGCAGGGUUUCAUCACCAACCUGUUGUUGAUUCAUUGAAAACGAAUGAUAUAAAUCGAUGUUUUAAAAGACGGAUCUGGUGGACGGCUUUUGCCCGUGAACGCCUCAGCGCAAUUUGUCAAGGAAAACCAUGUCUAAUAGACCCUGAAGACUGCAACCUACCAGAACCGUCGCUUGAAGAUUUCCCAGAUGUUGGAAGCAAAGACAAAGACAAAGCAGAGGUGUUCAUAUACUGGGUUCGAUUGUGUGCCAUCAUCGGACGCAUCUCCAAGGAGUUAUCGCGGUCGACAAACUCAUUUUUAACAGCCAGUCCAUUCCCUGUCCACUUAGGUCGAGAACUGAUCAAAUGGGUGCGAUCAUUACCUUCGCAUCUUCAACUGCCAAUUCGAUCGGCUCACACGUCGAAUUUCCAGCUCGAUGUACAUCAAUUACAUCUUCCAUAUCUUGCUGUUAUUGUACUCCUGCAUUUGGCGAGAUCAUCGCAAUCUAUGCCACGGGCUUUGCCACCGGCAAUAAUGGCAGCGACUUAUAUUCUUUUGAGAAAUGCAACUAGAUACGUCAUGCCAAUCACAUGUUGGUAUACUGCCAUGUCGUUUAUCUGUCUGCUGCAAGUAUCCCGAACCGAACAUCUGCGCAGUGCCGCACAAGCCGAGAUCGACAUUCUCAUUUCCAAUAUAAAAGAGCUCCAGAAAAUGUGGGCAACUGCCACGGUCGUCGGUCAGCAGUUCGAUCGUCUAUUGGCGCGAAACAAACCCCUCACUCCAGAAGACUUCCCUAACAGCCAUCUCGGCAAUAAUCGAUCAACGCGGGCACUUCAUUCAGAAGAGGAUGUUCUUCAGAGUGGGAUUGACUGGUUAGAUUAUUUUCCAUUUGUAACGUCGCAGACUAGCUCGGUGGCUGAGCAGUUGCUUGCGCCGCAGAAUGCCGAGGAGUUUCUAUGGGAUGAUGCGUCCAUGUUUUUGUGUCAGGACUUUUUGCAAGGGAUGGAUGAUUGGGCGGGGCCUGAUAUCUUCGUUUGA